AUGUCCGGUGGCGGAGGCUCCUCGGCCAACCGCUUCCGGGUUUCGUCAGUCAGUCAAUCCACGAGCAGCAACGAGCAGCGACAGUUUCGUCUGGAUGUGCAGCAGCCGCCGGGUGCUCCUCAAACUGGCGUUGCCUUCAGUGCUGCAGGUAAUCAUCAGCAUCAUGCUUCCCCAUUGUUUUCGGGAUUGUUUUGGAUGUAG